UCACCCCUCGGUGUCCAGUUUCCAUAACACUCAAGUCAAAGCUUUCUACUGUGACCCAUUUGACCCGUCGCUCUCACACACACCGAGCUGAGUACAUCUCUUCACGCGCGCCAUCGGUAGCCCCCUUCAAAGCACGCGCCGGCGCCGCCCGCCUCCCGUGAUGAGGGUCCUCUGGCCCCAGCAGGUCUCGCUCGGGGGUGCACGCGACUGACAUGAGUUCAGGAGCCCGUGGGCUCUGAGACAAAAGUGGGGGAAUGAACAACACGCCGCCAGGAUUACGGUUGCUUUAUUCGGGACGACCAAGACGCCACGUGAAUGCUCUUCCAGAAGUAUUUGAAGUGCAGGCUCAGGCCUCCUACGGUGAUAGGCCAGUUCCACACCCUGUUCUUCGGCUCCGUGCGGAUGUUCUUCCUAGGGGUGCUGGGCUUUGCUGUGUACGGUAACGAGGCGCUCCACUUCAGCUGUGACCCCGACCGCAGAGAGCUCAACCUCUACUGCUACAACCAGUUCCGACCAAUCACGCCGCAGGUUUUCUGGGCACUACAGCUGGUGACGGUGCUGUUUCCCGGGGCCGUGUUCCACCUCUACGCCGCCUGCAAGACCAUCGACCAGGAGGAGAUUCUCCAGAGACCCGUCUACACCGUGUUCUACAUCAUCUCAGUGCUGCUGCGCAUCAUCCUGGAGGUCAUCGCCUUCUGGCUGCAGAGCCACCUCUUCGGCUUCCAGGUCCACCCUCUCUUCAUGUGUGACGCCAUUGCGCUGGAGCGCUCCUUCAACGUGACCAAGUGCAUGGUCCCGGAGCACUUUGAGAAGACCAUCUUCCUCAGCGCCAUGUACACCUUCACCGUCAUCACCAUCCUGCUCUGUGUGGCCGAGAUCUUCGAGAUCCUCUGCCGGAGGCUGGGGUACCUCAGCAACAAGUGACCAAGCCCUGAGCGGGACCAUCGAUGGCAACCACCGCACACCACGGCCCGUAACCGACACGCAUCCACACACAAAACAAAGACAUCCCGUUUGGGAAGGACUCCACACAAAUGUAGUCAGGAUAUUCACUCUUCUGGAUGGUGAGGACCUGCAAGACCUCGUCCGGAUACCACUAGGAUCCUGUGAGAGAGGAGACGCCUCACAAACCCAAUACCUUCUUCCCCUAGUGGCCAUAUUGGUGGGUUGGGUUGCGGCACAUUCUAGAAUGUUUCGGGAAACAAUGACGCAACUCAAUGGAAAUGCAUACUAAAUGCUACACAGGUGGCCAAAUGGAAUGCAGACCUCAAAUGUUUGUGUUGUAUUGUCAUGGUUUCCAAAGAUUCUGGAAGGUUGUCCACCUGACAUGGCUAUAUGAUCUAUGGGUGGAUACGCUCUAUUGGGUCCAUGGUAGACAUAAAAGGCCCACACACACACACACACACACACACACACACACACACACACACAC